GCAUGUCCGACUCCGAAGCUUCUGGGCGGAGAGUCAGGAGAGUGGCACGGCAGAGCGGAGAGUCAUUCAGGGUUAAUAAUAUUCCGCCGUGGGGGGAGCGGGGGAGGACACACACAUAUAUACACACAUAUACACAUACACACUGCCAACCCGGCGACGAGGUUGGGCCUGCGGUGCCUGCCUGCAACCCAGAAAACAUGGAGCUCGAGAAUAUCGUGGCCAACACUGUUUUGUUGAAGGCGAGAGAAGUGCAUCAUGGAAGUGGACGGUCGCUGCUGAGUUCGUUUUUCCGCAAUUCUCUGGUUGGUGGAGCGUUUCUCUCCAGGAUCAUGGAGGGGGUGGGAACAGAAAAGGCAAGAGCAAGAAAUGGAAACAGAUGCUGCAGUUCCCUCAUAUAAGCUUGUGCGAGGAGUUACGCCAAGCUAUAGAGAAAGACUACAACAGCCUUUGUGAGAGGCAGCCAAUCGGACGCUUGCUAUUCCGGCAGUUCUGCGACACCAGGCCGGAGUUGAGACGCUGUGUCAAAUUUUUAGAUGCUGUGGCGGAGUAUGGAGUGACGCCGGAUGAGAAGAGGAAGGAGUAUGGGCAGGAACUCCUCGACAAGUACCUCAACCCAAAGUCAGAGGACUAUAUUCCUGAGGUAUCAGCAGAGAUGGUGACUAAGUGUGCAGAACGCUUGCAACAGGAGGCAUGUAAAGAGCUCUUCAUGGAGUGCACCAAACUGAUCCACGAUUACCUGAGUGUGGCCCCUUUCGCAGACUACCUCGAUAGUAUGUACUACAGUCGCUUCUUACAGUGGAAAUGGCUUGAAAGACAGCCAGUCACAAAAAACACAUUCCGUCAGUACAGGGUUUUGGGAAAGGGUGGAUUUGGCGAGGUCUGCGCAUGCCAGGUGCGGGCCACAGGGAAAAUGUACGCCUGCAAAAAGCUGGAGAAGAAACGGAUUAAAAAGAGGAAAGGGGAGUCCAUGGCCCUGAACGAAAAGCAGAUUCUUGAGAAAGUCAACAGUCGGUUUGUUGUGAGUCUCGCGUAUGCAUACGAGACAAAAGAUGCCCUGUGCUUAGUCCUCACGUUGAUGAACGGAGGAGACCUGAAGUUUCAUAUCUACCACAUGGGAGAGGCGGGUUUUGACGAGAAGCGGGCAGUGUUCUACGCAGCUGAGAUCUGCUGUGGUUUAGAAGAUCUCCAUCGGGAGAGGAUGGUGUACAGGGAUUUGAAGCCAGAAAAUUUACUGUUGGAUGACCAUGGUCAUAUACGUAUAUCAGAUCUGGGCUUGGCUGUGCAUGUACCAGAGGGUCAGACAAUCAAAGGCCGGGUGGGCACUGUAGGGUACAUGGCCCCAGAGGUGGUGAAGAACGAGCGUUAUACAUUCAGUCCGGACUGGUGGGCUCUCGGCUGUCUCCUGUAUGAAAUGAUCGAGGGCCAGUCACCCUUUCAGCAGCGCAAGAAGAAAAUUAAGCGAGAGGAGGUGGAACGUUUGGUGAAAGAGGUGGAGGAGGAAUAUUCCAGCAAGUUCUCAGAGGAUACCAAGUCACUCUGUAAAAUGCUACUUGCCAAAGAUCCCAGUGAGAGGCUUGGCUGUCAGGGGGGUGGAGCCACAGAGGUGAAAGCUCACCCUAUUUUUCGUUCCAUCAACUUCAAACGACUUGAAGCAGGCAUGCUCGAAGCUCCCUUUAUUCCCGAUCCUCAGGCCAUCUACUGUAAGGAUGUGUUGGACAUUGAGCAGUUUUCCACGGUGAAGGGGGUAGAGCUGGAGCCCAAAGACGACUCCUUCUACAACAAAGUGUCCACUGGAAGCGUUCCCAUCCCCUGGCAAAAUGAGACCUGGACUGGAGAGGUCAACCCUCACCCCCACCCAAACAGGGCUUGCUGCAGAGACUCUUUGGCAGACAGGACUGCUGUGGAAAUUGCAGCGACAGUGAGGAGGAGCCCACACGGCUCUGAAGCCGUGGCCUGUCUGGGGCUCCUCCCCCACACCACUGAGGAUCUUAUUUGUUUACAGUUUUUGCACAAUUGUAUUUUUAAGAUAGCUCUAUAGAAAUAUUGGAAUGUAUAUUUUCACUAUAUAGCCAUGCAGUGUAUCUUAUUUAAAGUCAUGAAAAGGACAGAAAAAAGGGUCACAAUUAUUGUCCUUUAUGAAGUGUGAAGUGUGUCGAGGACAGAUCAUUCAACACUGCUCAAGUCUCAAAGCUGGUUGACCCAGCCAAUCCUGUACAUGUCUCCAAUCCGUAUCACAGCCUCUUUGCGCUUUUAUUUUCUUUUUCUGUUCUUGUACUUAUUCAUAUACAUGUACAGAAUGUACUCUGAAUAUUUGUUUUAGGCGUGGGGAGCAAAGGAAAUUUGCUUUUGCAAAUAUUUUUAUAUUUAUAUUUUUAAUUUUAUUUUCUUAUGGUAAUCUCGACAAUCAAACGACACCAUUUGUGUAAAACAGUGAUAAACGUGCAGUAAUGGAUUAAAAAAAAAGGCAAAAACAGGAGGUGACUAAAAAUGAGGGACAUUUUUGACAUAAAUUCUUUAUCAGAAGUCUCAAAUAGUAAUGUGAGGUUGUUUAGCUAGAGAAACCUAGUAAACCAAACAGACGUGAUUAAAGUGCAUAUAUGUACAAUAAACAACUGCAGACAGUUGUAUCAUGUUGUAAAUAUGUGACACUCAUCUGUAAAGUCUUGAGUGCGUCUUCCUGAUUAUUUCUCUCUGGAUAAAUGGGAAAAUCAUCCCAGUGAUAACCUUGUGCGGCCCAUAUGCUACAUAAUGAGUCAAACCAUGAGGCAUUAUUUUCCAUUUAUGAAAUAUUUCACAAUGUCGUUCUUUAAAGGUCUGUGACUAGUUGUAACAUGACAUUGUUAGAUUCCAGCUAUGAAGACUGAAAGAUAGGAUAAAGAAAUACUCAGAUACUUAGGAGAUUGUAAUGGAUAAACAUGCGAUUAGACAAUACAUGUUAUUUCAUUGUUUAAAAUAGAUAUGUGUUAUUUUGAUAGGCUACAUUCAGUUUAAUUGCUGCUUUUUUACAUAUAGGAAAAAAAAUAUUUUCCAAAACAUUUUUUUUUUGUUCUGUUUUGUUGUUGUGUUUUUGUUUUUUCAAUUUGCUUUGCUUUGUUUUGUCCUUCUGUUUUUUCCUUCAGUUUUUUGUUUGUUUUAUUUUUAUUAGUUUUGCUUUGUUUUUUCAUUUCACUUAAUUUCUUUUAAUUUGCUUUGUUUUGUUUCAUUUUGCUUUGUUUUUGUUCUGUUUAAUUUCAUUUUGCUUUGUUUUUUAUUUUAUUUGUUUUUGUUUUGUUUUGCUUUGUUUUUUUUUUUUAUUUUAUUUGUUUUUGUUUUAUUUUAUUUUGUUUCAUUUCAUUUUGCUUUGCUUAGUUUUUUUUUUUUUUUAAUUUCGCCUUGUUUUCUUUUUGUUGUGUUUUUUGGUUUUAUUUUUGUUGGUUUUGUUUUGUUUUGUGUAUCCCCUGCAAUCAAGAUAAGCUCUUUAAGUUUUCAUUUUGCUUGAAUUGUGAUAGCUUGGGAAUUUUCUUAAGCACUCUUUAGACCAAACAAAUUACAUUUUUGUCCUCUAUCAUCAUUGAAGGUGCCUUUUGAAGUUUUAAGGUACUCUUUUGUCAUUAGCGUUUCUUAUUCAAACGCCUACAUGUUUUUGAGACGGCUCAGCAUCUUGAUGCACACACUUUUUUAUCUGCUGUUGUUUUACCUCAGAUAAUACUGUGCCCUAUGGAUGUCCAUUCUUUUUCAAAACUCUUGUGAAUUUUUCUACUGAACAUUUGGAUGUCGUAGUAUUUCACAAGAGACUUUGGGACUUUACAUUUAAGCCUAGCUGAACGUGCAGUGUAAGCCUAAUGUUUCAGAGGAAGUCCAUGGAAGAAUCGUCACCUCAUGACAUGCUCGGUCUACACAUUUCUCAUCCACUGACGGUUUACGUUAAUUCUCCUCUGAGAUAAACUCAAAUACAUUCCAAUCUCUACCGUACUGUACAGUUGUAAAAUGUAUUCAGUUUUUUCUUUUGUUUAUUUAGCAAUAAUGGAUUUUCUAAAUAUAACUACAAUAUAAUUGUGUAUAAAAUACAUUUCAAAUCUAGAGCCAGACGGAACUUAGUUUGACUCAAUGUUUUCCUGAGCCAGGCUUUUAACACUGUGAAGUGAUCAUUUCUGUCACAGUUGUACAAUUUUUGUCUCUUUUGUGCAUUGCACUGAUUUUGAUGUUUUAUUCUUUUGGUUGCAAAUUUGUGUAUGUGUGUAUGUAUAUGCCUAAAUGCUGAAUGAGUGUGUGCGCUUAUACCUGCACUGCAUGUGCCCAUAUUCUUUAUCAGAACCACUAGGGAAUGCCAUUAUUUCUAUCCCUAAAUGAGUGAAAUGUUACGUUCUAGGCAAGGUUUUACUGUUUCUUUUUUCUUUCGAGAGAAAAGGUGGACAACUUAAGGCUCACUGAUAAUAAUAUUAUAUAAUAUUAGUCAUUUCAAUAUCAUAGAUUUUAAUAAACCUUUAAAACGACGUAAUUAGACAUGCCAGUGUGUUUCAUUGAAGUCAGUUUCAAAGAGGAAACAGCACAGUUUCAGCCACAUUUGUCAGUGUAAUUAAUUCAAGACUUUAAGUUACAAUAAAAUCAGAUUGCCAUAUUAAUGUUUUAUUUUCUGUUUUGAAGAGUAUUAACACAUUUUACUGCCCAAAUGAAUUUAUUCCUAUAUCUUAAAAUAUCUCAAAGUGUAAGGUGCAGUUUUAAGCAUUAUUUUCCAUUAGCAAACUACAGGGCUAUAGCUGGGAAAUCACUGUUUUAAGUAUUAAAAAUGCAGAGCAAUUUUAAAAUAAAACUAAAAACUGUUCUUAAAAUGUUAAAUGCUUAAACCAGGUAUACAGUCAAAUUUGACUGAUUUAGUAAUUGUGGAUAACAUGCUAAUAUGAGUAAAGAAUAAAGCCUAUAUAACCUGGAGGAUUUGUCUGUUCUAAGCAGGCCAAGUGAAUUCAAAAAGUGUGGUUAUAUUAGUCAAUGUGCCAUUGUUGUUAACUUACCAUUAAAAUUGUUUCAAAAGUUUGACUGAAUUGUUUUGCUGAUAUAGACAGUGACUCAAUUACUCAGUUUUGAUCAUUUGAAAUGGAUACAUAUCCAUAUUAUUAAUAAUACAUGAAUUAAUAAGUUAUUUUAUUUUCCUGAUAUGUAUGUAAAAGUCCAUAGAUCUUUUAUUUAAAAAGAAUGUUCUGUUGCAAUGAAAACUUGUCUUGUACCUGUUUAUCCCUAUUAUUGAAGCCUUAUUUUUAUGUGAUACAAAGAAGAUGAUGCCUGGAUUGCACAUUGAAUACUAAUUUUUGCUAAACUCAGUAGUCGAUUCUCACUCAGGUUACUGCCAUCAAUAUGUAUGUUGUUAUUAUUAUUAUUAUUAUUUGCUUAAUAUAUGUAAACGGCCUUACUUGUGAAAUAAUGUCAAAUUACUGGUUUAUAUUUGUAAAAUUUUAAAGUUGCAUAAAAUAAAUGCCACUGGGAACAUUA